AUGGCACCUCACAAAGAUACAUCGUCGCCAGCAGGUAGCUACACGGGCUGGUCCAACAAUAUAAACUCACCGUUCCGCCCAAACACUUCUUCAACACUCGAGCUUGGUACAGCGACCCCUGCUGACUCCCAAUCCUCCCUGAGCAGCUCAUACGACAGCACAUCCCUUGACACCGAGUUGAGAAUGGCCCGCCCACUUGUUCCUGGUGUUUACGUUCCCACUAUAUGCUUCUUUGAGCCGGGCAGUGAGAACGUGGAUACAGCUGCCAUCUCCCGACAUGCCGUACGACUUGCGGAAGCUGGCGUUACUGGCCUGGCCACGCAAGGAUCGAACGGGGAAGCCGUCCACCUCACGCAUGAUGAGCGCUCUCUUGUCACCUCUACUACCAGAAAGGCGCUUAACAACGCCGGCUUCCCGCAUCUGCCAGUCAUCGUGGGCUGUGGCUCUCAAAGCACGCGGGAGACCAUCCAGCUGUGUACUGAGGCGUGGAAGAGCGGUGGGGACUAUGCACUGGUGCUUCCCCCGGCAUAUUACGCUACCCUCUUCGCACCGGCGGCUCAGACAAUUCUGGAAUACUUUACCACGGUUGCGGAUGCGUCUCCGAUUCCCAUCAUCAUCUACAACUUUCCCGGGGCAGUCAAUGGCCUCGACCUCUCUUCCGACAUCAUCGUCAAGCUGGCAGAGCACCCCAACAUUGUAGGCGUCAAGCUUACAUGCGGAAACACUGGGAAGCUCAACCGUGUCGCUGCUGCUACACGGAAAAUGACCAAGAACUAUGAUCCAAAGCGCCCGGAGUUCUUGGUCUUGGCUGGUUCUGCUGAUUUCUCCAUCCAGUCGCUAGUUGCCGGCGGGCACGGCAUUCUGGCUGGAUUGGCGAACAUUGCGCCCAGGGCUUGCAUCAAGACAAUCGAGCUGUACGAGGCUGGCCAGGUCGCUGAAGCACAAGAGUGGCAGGACGUGGUGUCACGAGGUGACUGGGUUGCUAUUCAAAGUGGAGUGAUCGGCGUCAAGGCAGGUAUGCAAUCUUGGAUGGGGUACGGCGGCUACGCGCGUAGUCCCCUGCCAAAGCCAACUGCCGAGCAAUCGAAGAGCUGGAAGGAGGGCUUCAGGGAGCUCGUGAUGUUGGAGAAGGCGUUGUGA